CGACACCGCAGCAUCGAUCCCUGUGUUACCUGCAAAAAGUUUCCGUUUUUCACCGUUGCCUACUUGGCUUGCGUUAGCUCUGGACAGACAACGGUCGCGUCUAACACGUACCAACAACAAAAGAACAGUAACGCCUCCGCUCUGUGCAGAUUUUUAAUCCCAAGCCUCCAAAGUCGUCCGAUUUGAAUCGAACCCAAAUCGCGAUCUCUCCGAUCACCGUUGGUUCUACGGAGAAAAACGGCGCUGUUUUCCUCGUUCACAGCUCAAAUACACCCCCAAUCUAUCAGCAUCAAUUCCUAGGGUUUCGUUUUCUAGAUUCACUGCGCUGGCAUCGAAUCCUUGAUUUUCAGAUCUGGUUUUGGUUGAGGAGGGCGCAAUUCGAUUAUGAGCGAUUGAAAUGGCUGAGAACCAGAGCUCAGAGCAAGUACUGCAAGAUUCUGGGUCCGAGAGCAACUCGGAUCCUACUGAAGCAUUGGAUUCGGAGCAUAACCAUGCAGUCUGGGUACCCGAAGGACAAAACGGGCACGUCCAUUCACCGUUUGACCAGGAAUCAGAAUCCUCGCCGCCGAUGGAGGAUCAGGUCGAGCACGAUGUCGGGGAUGCGUUGAAAGAGGACAUGUUCGUUGACUGCCCAGACGAGUUGGCUGUGGCGAAUGCUGAUCAUAGGGAAGCAACAGUGGCGAUGGGGACCGAAGAGGGUUCUGAGGAGCAGAACGGCGUGGACGAGAGUGGAGCUCAUGAAAGCAUUGCAAAGGAAUACAUGGAAGAGAAGGAGUUGUUUGCUAGAGAGGUUGCUGGGCUUCAUCACCAGCUUAAAUUGUUGCUGGGUGAGGAAGAUGGUUUUGUGGGUGAUGCUCCUUUGCUUGAAAUGGUGAAGGACUGCUCAGAGUUUGUGAGAACUGUCUCGGAAGAGCGGUUGCGGAAUGAGGUGAAGAUGAGAGAGCUUCAUGCUGAGAUUGAAGGUCUCAAUGCAAGGGUUAGUGAGCUUUCAAUGUCAAAUGAUGUCGUAGCGUCUUACUUGGGCUCGGCUCGGAAUGAAAAAGAUCAGGGCAUCGAGGAAGUUGUGAACAGGAUGUUGGAUGCUCUAGGCUUGGUAGGUUGUCAAGAAGAAGCAUUUGAUGGUUAUGGUAGUGGGAAGAUAAUUCAGGUUGAGAAAAGCACCUUGUUGUUAAUUGACAGAGUAGGACAACUAGAAGAUGAAAAUAGGAAAUUGGUGGAACAAAUUGAGAAAGACAAAGAAAUGGUUGAAAGGGUGAAUGCGAAACUUGCGAACACGAAAAUGGAACUUGAGCAGGAGAAGGUUAGAUGUGCUAAUACCAAAGAGAAGCUAACUAUGGCUGUGACAAAAGGGAAGGCAUUGGUACAGCAUAGGGACUCAUUGAAGCAGUCUCUGGCUGAGAAAAUAAGUGAGCUCGAGAAAUGUUUAAGUGAAUUGCGAGAGAAGUCAAGUGCAUUGGAGGCUGCUGAACUAGGUAAGGGGGAGUUGGUCAGAAGUCAAAAUUUGGUGGCGUAUCUGCAGGAAACCCUAUUGCAAAGGGAUUCCAUUCUCGAAAUGGUUGAAGAAAUUUUGUCUCAAACCGGUGUACCUGAGGAACUUCAAUCAAUGGAUAUCAUUGAGAGAUUUAGAUGGCUUGUGGAAGAGAGAAAUGUCCUGAAGGGUGUUUCACUGGAAUUCCAAAACUUGAAAGAUGUUUUUUCCUCAAUUGAUCUACCGGAAACUGUUUCAUCAUCUGACUUGGAAGCUCGAGUGGGUUGGCUUAAGGAAUCAUUUUACCGGGCCAAGGAUGAAAUAAAUACUUUGCAGGAUGAAAUUGCUAAAUCAAGGGAAGCUGCUCAUAAGGAGAUUGACCGUCUAAGUGCUUCACUUUCGGCAGCAUUACAGGAGAGGGAUUAUCUUCAAACAGAGUUGUCUGAUAUGAUGAGCAAAUACGAAAAGAUUGUUGAAAAAGAGCAUCAAGUUUUGUUAGAGAAGAACAGCUUAAGUGCUUCACUUUCGGCAGAAUUAGAGGAAAAGGAUUCACUUCGAACGGAGUUGUCUGAUAUGAUGAGCAAAUACGAAAAGAUUGUUGAGAAAGAGCUACAAGUUUCAAUGGAGAAGGAUCAGAUAGUGAGUAUGUUACUUGAGGUUUCUGGAAUCGAAAUGGGUAAUGACGGGGUCUAUCAGACCUCCUCUGACCAUUCUGCGAUCAUUCAAAGAUGCUUUGAGAAGAUAAAAGAACAGAGCAGUGCCUCUUCAGAUUCUUCCCAUGUUAACGAAGAAUUGUUUGAAAGAGCUCUAAGUCAUUUGUAUGUAAGGGAUCAAGAGUUGAUGCUGUGUGACACAUUACUUGAAGAAGAGAUGAUGCUGAGGUCAGAGGUGGAUAAGCUGUCGAAUGAGUUAAAGUUGGUAUAUGAAGAACUUGUAGCUUUGAAAGAGGAACAGGGCUCUCUACAGAAAGAUCUUGGAAAGUCAGAAGAGAAGUCUACUCUCCUGAGGGAGAAGUUAUCCAUGGCAGUUAAGAAAGGUAAGGGACUAGUUCAAGAUCGGGAGAACUUGAAAAACCUUCUGGAGGAAAAGAACUCAGAAAUCGAGAAGUUCAAGCUUGAGUUACAGCAGCAAGAAUCUGCAGUUGCUGACUGCAGGGACCAGAUCAACAGAUUGUCUACUGAUGUAGAGCGCAUCCCAGAGUUGGAGGCUGAUCUUGUUGCUAUGAAAGAUCAACGGGAUCAACUUGAGCAAUUCUUAUUGGAGAGAAAUAAAUCGCUUCAGAGAGUGGUUGAAUCUAUUGAGGGCAUUGUUCUUCCUGUUGAAUCAGUUUUUGAAGACCCAGUAGGAAAGGUGAACUGGCUUUCUGGGUACGUUAAUGAAUGCCUGGAUGCUAAGACAUGUGCAGAGCAAGAGUUAGGGAAGGUAAAAGAGAAUGCUAGUACUCUGGCUAGUAAGCUGGCAGAAGCCCAAGCAGCUGUGAGAUCGCUGGAAGAUGCUUUGUCAGAUGCAGAGAAUAAUAUUUCUCGACUUGCUGAAGAAAAAAGGGAAAUAGAAGUUGGUAAGACAAAUGAUGAACAAGACUUAAAGAAAGCAAUAGAAGAAGCCCAAGCAACUGUGAGAUCGCUGGAAGAUGCUUUGUCAGUUGCAGAGAAUAAUAUUUCCCGACUUGCUGAAGAAAAAAGGGAAAUAGAAGUUGGCAAGACAAAUGAUGAACAAGACUUAAAGAAAGCAAUAGAAGAAGCCCAAGCAACUGUGAGAUCGCUGGAAGAUGCUUUGUCAGUUGCAGAGAAUAAUAUUUCCCGACUUGCUGAAGAAAAAAGGGAAAUAGAAGUUGGUAAGACAAAUGUUGAACAAGAGUUACAGAAAGCAAUAGAAGAAGCUUGUUCCCAGACUAGCAAGUUUGUUGAGGCUUGUGCAGCUACGAAGUCACUUGAAGAGGCGUUGUCUCUAGCAGAAAAUAAUGUGUCUGUGCUCUUCAAAGAGAGAGAAGAGGCUCAAGUAAGUAGAGCUGAUGCAGAGAUGGAGCUAGAGAAAGAGAAAGAGGAAGUUGCUAUUCAGACCAGCAAACUAACAGAAGCCUACAAAACUAUAAAGUCACUUGAAGAUUCACUAUCUCAGGUAGAGACCAAUGUUGCUUUGCUGACUGAGCAAAAUAAUGGUUUACAAGUGGGUAGAACCAAUUUAGAGAAUGAGCUAAAGAAGCUGCGAGAGGAAGCUGGGUCCCAGGCUGACAAGCUUGUAGAUGCAUAUGCAACUAUAAAAUCACUGGAAGAUACGCUGUUGAGGGCAGAGAAUGAUAUUUCGGUACUUGAAGGUGCAAAGAAAAAUGCUGAAGAGGAGGUCUUGUCACUUAAUUCCAAGUUAAGUGCAGCCCUGGAAGAGUUGGCUGGAACCAGUGGCAGCUUAGAGAGCAGAUCUGUAGAGCUCGCUGGACACUAUAAUGAUCUUCAAGUAAUUAUGAAAGAUGACACUCUGUUAUCCAAAGCGAAAGAAUGCUUCGAGAAGAAAUUUGAGAGCUUGAAAAAUAUGGAUCUCAUUCUUAAAAACAUAAGGGACCGUUUCGUUGACAUGGAUUUAGAAGAGCUGCAAAGUCAGCAUUUCAUGGAGGAUAAUUCAUAUGUUACGAAACCUUUCUCAGAUAACCUUGACAAUAAUAUUGUUAAUGUUGAAAUCGAUAACAGCUGGGUUAGUGCUUCAAGUGGUGAUAAUAUAUCUUCACAUUUUAGAAAGUCUGUGGAAGGAUUCCAGUUGAAGAACAAAUUUCUUGCUGAUAAGUUUGAAGGUUUCUCAUCUUUAGUGGAUGAGUUUAUUGCAGCUUUGUUGAGAAAAUUACAGGCAGUAGAGGAUGGAGCAGUAGUUAUAGUUGAGCACAUUGAAUCUUUGAAACAAAAAACAAAGAAUCUAGAAAUGUAUAAACAGGAACAGGAGACUACUAUAAGCAUGUUAGAAGAUGAUGUUAAGACUUUAUUGUCUGUUUGUACCGAUGCUACAAGAGGACUUAGCUAUGUUCCUGAGCCUGAGAGUUUGAACCAUAGUUUGUUCCUGGAAAUGAGAGAAAGUGAUAGAGGUGCCACAAUAGUGCAGCAGCAAGGGGUUGAUGGCAGAAAACAUCUUGAAGCUGCAGACAAGUUGUUAUUUGCUACUAGAAAAGUUCAAGCUCUGAUUAAACAGUUUGAGAGCACAAGUAAUAAGGCAGCUGCUACAAUUGAAGAAUUGCAGAAUAAAUUGAAGGAAAGCAGAAAAGGUUUUGAAAAAGCUGUGGAAGAAAAGGAUCUAAACCAAAAUAUGGUUUCCAAGUUGGAGACUGAUGUAGAAGCAUUACAAAAUUCAUGCAGUGAGCUGAGGCUUAAACUAGAGGAUUAUCAAACCAAAGAGGACAAGUUGAAGGAAAGAGAGGCGGAAGUUUCCUCUUUGUACAAUACUUUGUCAAUGAAAGAACAAGAGGCAGAAGUCCCCCUCCUGUCAGCAUCACAAGUGAAAACACUCUUUGACAAAAUUAAAGAAAUUGAAAUCCCUAUAGCAGAGUCAGAAGUAGGAGAUGUGGAGCCCCAUAAUUCAGCUCAUGUAAAGAAGCUCUUUAACAUCAUUGAUAGUGUUACUGAAUUGUGGCAACAAGUAAACUUAUUAUCUCAUGACAAAGAAGAGCUAGAGUCGACCCUUACAACACAGGUUCUUGAAAUUGAGCAUCUGGAGGAGGAAGUUGAAAAACACAUUAGAGGCAAAGAAGAUUCUGAAAAAAUGAAGAAUGAAUUGUCUGAGCUCACAUUUGGUUUGGAGAACAUUAUAGGUAUGUUCAGAGGUAGAGAUCUAGAGGACCAAAAAUUUGCUGGAGUGAAGGGACUUUUGUCGGUUUUAGAAAAGCAGGUCAUGGACAUGCUUUUGGAAUCUGAAAAUUCAAAAUCAAAAGCUCAGGAACUUGGCACAGAGUUGCUCGCAAGCCAAAAGGCUGUAGAUGAAUUGUCAAUCAAAGUUAAAUUACUUGAAGAUUCAGUUCAAGGUAGGAGUGCUCAACCAGAGAUUGUUCAGGAAAGGAACAUCUUUGAAGCACCGUCAUUGCCUAUGGGGUCAGAGAUAUCUGAAAUUGAAGAUGUGGGCUCAGUUGGACAGAAUUCAGUAUCUCCUGUCCCCCCAGCUGCUCAUGUGCGAACUCUGAGAAAGGGUUCAACUGACCACCUGGCAAUCAACAUUGACUCAGAAUCUGAACGUUUGAUCAACAAUGAGGGAACUGAUGAGGACAAAGGUCAUGUAUUCAAGUCUCUGAACACAUCAGGUCUCAUUCCAAAACAAGGAAAGUUGAUGGCAGAUCGAAUUGAUGGAAUUUGGGUUUCUGGUGGUCGAGUUUUGAUGAGUCGUCCCCGAGCAAGGCUAGGCCUUGUAGCUUAUUGCCUCCUCUUGCAUAUUUGGCUUUUGGGAACCAUUUUGUAGCGAAGUCUGUGAUCGUCUCUACGCUGGACCACACCACAACAUUUAUCCUUUGCCUCCGCAAAUUGUAUCAUAGGGUAGUCAUUUUUUCCCCAUUCUUUAUGACCGGUUAACAUGUUUAUAUACAUGGUUCCAUCACCAUAAUGGUUCUCUGCAAUCAUUUUUUAGGGUUCCAGGGAAUCCAAGCCUUGUAGCUUGAAUAGAAUGUGCCCACUUCAAUUACUUCUUUUGUUCCGUUGGAAUUUUGAGCUGUGGUACAGUAGAUGAACAUGAAAUCCAAGUAGUAACAUACAUUUUAUUCUAAAUAAACUAGUUUGCAUUCUUUUUUAAUA